UAUUGUUCUUUCUCACUUUGUGCUGCGAGAUUGUGUGUUCAUGAUCGAAAAACGUGCGUAUCUAGUGCCAUUCAAAGCUUUUAGGAAUUUAGCUUUCGGAAUAAUUGUGUGUGUUCUUCGAGUCCAGCUAAGUACUAUUAUGAGCAGCAGUCAAAUGAGUCUGCUCCACAAUGCUGGAGAUAUUCAAUCAGAUAUCGCACAGCAUGAGGAAAUUGCGACAAUACUUAGCAGCAUAAUCGUAACUCGCAGCAAGGAUGGAGCCACGAUAGACGAAAUCAUUGAUGACUACAAGGAACUUACUGGAGAAAACCUUCUAUCAAUAUUCCGUGAUCGUGACACAAUUGCAGCGAAAUUGCGACGCAUAUCUGGAGUAUGGUCCUCAUAUAACGCACCAAACGGUCCAUAUCUCUGGUACUGCAAUUCGCAGAAAACCCAACAUCUCACCGAUAUGAUUAAAAAACAGAAAUCUCCACGACACUACAAUAACCGAAGAUAUCAAAUGCCAAAAUAUCAACUCCCUAGUACCCUCUAUAGCACUAGUACAAUGGUCAGCGGUGCUGGCCAAAAAGACAAGUUCUUUGAAGAUAACAUGAAUUAUAUUCCCAAACGUGGCGCGUGGAACCGUGUUCAACGGACUAAUAAUCAUCCCUAUCUUCCACCACAAAGACGAUAUAUGCAAACUGCAAGACAACUGACUCAGAGAAAAUACUGCUUCAGUGGAGAACAAACGGAACCGCAUUUUUGCGGCUACCAAAUGAUUGGGGACGACUUUUUCCUUUCGCUAGCCAGAUGGGAAUUGGGAUUCGCUUUUGACCCGGGACAUACUAUUCAACAGAGUGGCCUGUGUAUAUCCGGUUUGACAAUCGCCGAAGCAGCGGACCGUAUCUUGAAGGCCACUUAUAUUAACGAUCGGGUCAUAAUAAAUAUAGGUGCAGUUGACCUGCUCCAUGGGUACGAUUUUGUGGACAUGCAGCACGAUUUGAUUCAGCUGGUAACAAAUCUGGAGAGUCGCGGUGCGUCCGUUAUACUGACUACACUGUCACCAUUGGCCAAUAGUUUCCACAUACCUGGCGUAACUGAUCGUUUACAAAAGUUCAAUAAUUUAAUUCGCAAACAUCACUGGCAGUACAUCGACCUAUGGAAGUGCUUCGUCAACGAACGUGGUAACACUCUAUACGAAUGCUUCCAGCCGGGCCCAAGGCAUGUCAGUGGUAGUAAUCAGCCCCACGUUCUCUGGAACAAACUUGGGCGCCAACGUAUCAUCAAAUUUUUAAAACAACAGCUCGCAGCCUUUAUUUAGGAGUUCUGCCCGGUUGACUAAAAGAAUGUUCCAGCGUACUGAAUCGUUUUAAUCUGUAUUGUUUUUGCUUGUAAGUUGCUAGUGUAGUCAAUUGUUCUUAAAUUAUCUGUAGUAUUGUGAGUCGAAUCAAGAUGUUCUUUCUAGUGUAAACGGGUAGCAGGUAUUGCAGGUUUAGAAAUCGCGACUAGUACUGGAAUUAUUUAUAAAUUUCCGGAAGUUUAAAAAUAAUUUCCUUGACAAAACUCAAUUGGUUGAUCUGUCUAUCGAAAAAUAGAUGAAUUAACGAAAUUGACUUUUGUUAUCGCCAUAUAAUUUAACACUAUCAAAAAAUUAUCGCUGGCGAUGGAUUUUUUUGAUAUUGUUACUUGUAAUUUGCUUCAUUGGGUAACCGGUUCUCACUGAAAGCUAAAAUUGUUUAUUAUGGCAAGUUGUACGACCUGCAAAACCUGCUAUCAUUAAACUUUUACCAUGUAUAGCUUCGUAAUUGCGAUUAUGUUCGGCUAAUAUGAUGGCAAACCUACUUUUUAAGAUAAAAAAGAUUAUAUAUUUACAAACGAAAAUUAAAUGAGAAAGGGUUUAAAAUUAAAGCAAGGUAAAUGUUUUGUAAUUGUGAUAUGUGAUUUCAAUAAAUUUGUAUGUUAAGUGUUGUAA